AUGGAGCAUGCUAACUGUGAUGCACACGAGCAUGUUAUAAAUGUAGCACAUGGGGAAACCGCAUCAACAUCAACCAGUCAUCAAGAUCUGCACAGUGAUACGGAUGAACCACAUCAGGAAGAUCGGCCUUCAACAAGCACGCGAACGCCAUCGCCAGUGUCUUCAGCAUCAACGUCACCAACUGCUUACAGCUCCAGAAAUUUAUCAUUUCCUAGAAGAGAUAGUUUUUAUGGUCGUGGAACAAGUCUUUGGAAUUCUGGUUUAUGGAUCUCGUUUGAAUUUGUCAUGUAUGUAGCACAGAUUACAGCUGCUAUUGUCAUCCUCAUCUUGUCAAGACAUGAACUUCCCCAUGCCCCUUUAGUUGCAUGGAUAAUUGGUUAUACAGUUGGCUGCACUGCAAGUCUUCCUCUUGUAUAUUGGCGCUAUGUCCAUCGAAACAGACCCAGACCUUCGGAGGAAGAACCUGAACAGCCACCUACAACUUAUCCUACUUUGACUUCAUCUUCAUCAGAAGGACGCAAUCAGCGUGCCAGUGGUACUGUCUUGCAUCUUGGGUGUAUCACAAUUGCUUGUCCAAGGCCUAGCAUAUUGGCUUAUCACUCGAAGACAGCUGUAGACUGUUUCUUUGCUAUAUGGUUUGUUGUCGGCAAUGUGUGGAUUUUUGGUGGGCGUGGCACUUCAUCAGAUGCUCAGGACGCUCCAAAUAUGUAUAGGCUAUGUUUAGCGUUCCUUGCACUUAGUUGUGUUGGGUAUGCCAUUCCGUUCAUCAUGUGUGCAGCGAUAUGCUGCUGCUUUCCAUGCUUAAUUUCCGUUUUGCGCCUCCAAGAGGAUUUGGGUCAAAGUAGAGGAGCUACUCAAGAGCUAAUCGAUGCAUUGCCAACCUACAAAUUUAAACCAAAACGAAGCAAAAACUGGGUGCUUGAUCAUGCUUCGAGCUCCGAGAAUCUUAGCGAGGGUGGCAUCCUGGGCCCAGGAACUAAAAAGGAAAGGGUUGUUUCUGCUGAAGAUGCUGUUUGCUGCAUCUGCCUUACUAAGUAUGGAGAUGACGAUGAGCUCCGCGAGCUUCCUUGCAACCAUUUGUUUCAUGUGCAAUGUGUCGAUAAAUGGCUCAAGAUAAAUGCAGUAUGCCCACUCUGCAAGACAGAGAUUGGAGGCGUGGUUCGAUCAUUCUUUGGAUUGCCCUUUGGCCGCCGCCGUGUUGAUAGGAUGGCAGGAAGAGGUGUAGCUAGCUCAAGAUUUAGUGUAUAG